AUGGGCUGUUUUGAGGUUGAAGAUAAGCAAAGUUGGAGAUGGUUCUUGGAGCUUUUGAUUAAUGACAUAGGAUUCCACAAUGGAGAGGGCUUGACUGUUAUGUCUGACAGACAAAAGGGAUUAAUUGAUGCUGUUGAAACAGUUUGCCCAAAAGCUGAGGUCAGAUUUUGUGUAAGACACAUUUGGGCAAACUUCAAGCUUCAAUUUUCUGGUACAGCAUUCAAAGAGUCAUUUUGGAGAGCAGCUAGGACAAGUUCAAGGUUUACUUUCAUAGCUGAGAUGGCAGCUAUCAAGUUCCUCUCCCAAGAUGCAUAUAACUACUUAGCUGCAAUUCCUCCCAAAUAUUGGGCUAGACAUGCCUUCCUUACUAGGUCAAAGUCAAAUUUGUUGCUUAACAACCUCUGUGAGACUUUUAACUCAGUAAUCAAGGAAGCAAGGGAUAAACCAAUCAUCACAUGCCUUGAAUGGAUAAGAAGGUAUGUGAUGAAAAGAAAUACAGAGAAAUGGGAUGGGGUUCAAACCUAUACUGGGAGGUUUAUGCCUUUUGUUGAUAAGGUUUUCAGUUGGGUGAAAGAAGAAGCUAAGCAGUGUGUGAUGGUGCCUUCCAGAGUGGGGGAGUGGGAAGUUGAUUACCAGCAUGAUAGAUUUGUAGUUAACUUAAGAGAUAGGUCUUGUUCAUGUAAUAAGUGGGAUAUGACAGGGAUUCCUUGCAUACAUGCAUAUGCUUGCAUACUCAGAAUUAGGGGGAAACCAGAGGACUAUGUGGAUCCCUUUUAUAGCAGAGAGAAAUAUAUGCAAGCAUAUGGUCCUUAUAUAAAACCUAUGCCUGGAAUGAAUCAAUGGGAAGCCACUGAAUUCCCUCAUCCAUUACCUCCACCAAUCAAAAGAUGCCAGGCAGACCUUCUCUUAAGAAAAGAAAAAAAGAAGCUGAUGAAAAACAAGACAAGCAAAGCACUUAUGUUAAGAGGCCUAAGAGGCAGAACCAAUGUGGUAAUUGUGGUCAGUUGGGCCACUACAGGACCAAGUGCAACAACCCUCCAGCUCCUCCAAAGGAAAAAUCCAAGGGAGGUUUAUGAAACUGAAUGCAUUAGUAACCCCAUGGGCAUGGAACAUCAUGGUGGCCCAAGUAGCCCAGUUCAACCAAACAUCAAGGUGGCCCAAGUAGCCCAGUCCAUCCCACCUUGGACACAAAGCAGCCAAGGAUCAAAUCAAGUACAAGGUGGACAGCAGAGGGUGAAGAAGCAGCCAAGUAAAGAGAAGCAACAAGAUGAAAAAUCCUCACAAGUUUCUGCCAAAAAGGGAGCUGUCAAGAAGCCAAAAAAAGAAAAAAUUGUAAAGGGGCCUGCUAAAAAGCCUGCUUGGCAAGUGUAA